AUGGCAAUCGCUGGCGCCCAACGCAAACAAGUCCUAAAGGUCUUAAUGAUCUCCUUGCUCUUGGACCUGAUAUCAUUCACAUUCAUCCUCCCCCUCUUCCCCUCCCUCCUAACAUUCUACCGAAUCCAAGACUCAACAAACAACAAAACCUCCCUCCUAACCAAAAUCCUGCACUACCUAAACGCCUACAAAAACGCCUUCGCCCUCCCAAUCGAUUCCCGCUAUGACAUCGUCCUCCUCGGCGGAGCCCUAGGUUCCCUCUUCUCAUUGCUGCAAGCAAUUGCCGCCCCAAUAAUCGGCCAUCUAUCAGACCGCCACGGCCGCCGUCGCGCACUCCUUAUUUCAAUGGCGGGCAAUAUCGCCAGCGUCGCGCUAUGGGUUAGCGCGAGGGAUUUUCGCACAUUCUUGGCGUCGCGCGUCGUGGGGGGUCUGUCUGAGGCGAAUGUUCAACUUGCCGACGCGAUUGUGGGGGAUGUUACGAAUGAUGCAGGGAGGAGUGGGUGUAUGGCGCUUAUUGGGGCUUGUUUUAGUGUUGCGUUUACGGUUGGGCCGGUGCUUGGUGCGGCUUUGGGAAGUGUGGAUGUUGUCAAGGAUAAUCCGUUUUUUGUGGCGGCCGGGGUUUCUUUGGGGUUUGUGCUUGUUGAGACGGUGUUUAUUUGGGCUUUUUUGCCGGAGACGCAUCCGAGGUUUACUUUGCUUGAGAAGGAGGAGGAGGAGGAGGGUGGGGAUGAGAAGAAGGCUCGGUCUUCUUCUGGAGCAAAGAAGGGAGAGGUCAAGAAGCAGCAAAGGAAAGAACCAACUCAUAUUCAGACGAAUAACCCAGCCAUCCUGAACGCUCUUCACUUCCUAUUCCUCCUCCCAUUCGCAGGCCUGGAAUUCUCCCUCCCAUUCUUCACCGCGACACUAUACGCCGACACAACCACCACCAGCUCCAGUCCCGCCGCAUUAAACGGACGCCUCCUCUCACUAAUGGGUCUAAUAGCCUCCCUACUCCAAGGUACAAUCGUCCGCCGUCUCCCGCCCCUAACAACGAUUCGAAUCGGCGUCAUAGCGUGCGCGCUCUCAUUUUUCUUACUGGCGCGCGUUGAGACGGUGUCGGGGCUGUACGCUGCGGGUGGGUUAUUGGCUGUUACGUCCGCGACGGUCGUUACAGGGUUGAAGAGUUUGGGGAGUUUUGAAGCUCGGGAUAAAGAUCGCGGUGCUGUUAUGGGGAGGUUGAGGGGGUGGGGGCAGGCUGGACGGGCUACGGGGCCGGUUUUGUUUUGUUCGCUUUUUUGGUGGGCUGGUAGGGAGGUUGCUUAUAGUGUUGGUGGGGUGGCGAUGUUGGUUAUUGCUGGGGCUGUGUUUUUGUUGUUGAAGGCGCCUGUUGUUCGUAGUAAGGUGGAUUGA